AUGAUGCGUCCCUUUGAGGCAUUUCCUCGAACAGAUAGCGGGCAUGACUUGCCCAGCCAUCCAGCCAUUGCAGGGUCAAUUUUCUUUCCUCAUGUGGCGGAUUCUUGGGUUGCAGGGUCAAUUGACCACCCUUGCUCCUCUGUGGACUGCCCUUGUGCUCACCAUCACUCUUAA